AUGGUUAUUUCUGUAGGCUUAGUCGAAGGUUUUGCCUGGGUAUCAAUUGUAGUAGUUAGUUCCGCACCUACAGCUUCAUUACUUGACUUGGGUUUUCUCCCACCAGCUAUGGGUUUGUAUCGAUGGCAGAAAAUUUAUCAUGAUGCGAGAAGAAAGUAUUUGGAAUUUAAGGAAGGUGAUCAUGUGUUCCUUAGAGUUGAUAUUGUGACGGGUGUUGGAUGUGCGCUGAAAUCGAAGAAGCUGGCUCCUAAAUUUGUUGGUCCAUAUCAGAUUUCUCAGAGAAUUGGGGUUGUUGCUUAUAGAAUGGCCUUACCACCCGAUCUUUUGAAUUCACAUGACGUAUUGCAUGUAUCACAACUUCGGAAGUAUAUUCACGAUCUAUCUCAUGUGAUUAGGAUGGAUGAUGUGCAAGUGAGGGACAACCUUAUGGUAGAAGCAUUGCCCGUGAGAAUUAAGGAUCGGAAAUUGAAGAAGCUGAGAGGUAAAGAGAUUGCUCUAGUGAAAAUUGUUUAG